GCUGAAGCUGCCAUUUCUUCCAGGAUCUUCAUAUAAAUACUCAUGAAUCUUGUUUGGUUGUGGUAAAAAAACUACCACUUGAGUUUCAGAUACAAUCCGGAAACUUCUGUUUUGGAUGUCCUAGACGCCCACACUUGUUGACACUUGUUAAUAUCCCUCUCGCUAAUUUAUGAACAGGUCGAUUAGUAACUGCUCUACACGCACAGACGUUGACGUUGUCACAACUUCUACUCAACAAGUAAGUACUUACUUAGAACUAGUAAAAUUGUCAUUGUCAAAAUAAUUCUACUACUUUCAAGAAAGCAAUUCUACUACGUACUGUCCAGGUAAAAAUCUUCGUAAACGUAAUUGUUCUGAUUACCACGACUAUCUACAAAUAAGUACAGCGAGAUAAAGUUUUCCUGAACACUCAUAUCUACAUCGAAAAAAAUGGCGUACCGCAAAAACGGUCUUCGCAUGGAGGACUUGUACUCCAUCAAAAUCGACGGCAUCUCAAAGUACGUCAGGUCAGGGGAGAUUGAAGAUGCUUUUCGCAAGUUCGGAGCCGUGCAGGAUGUGUAUUUUCAGGAUCUUCUUCGUAGAUUUGGAAGGAAGUAGAACUGUCUAGGAUUUUGUGUAUUCAGAAUUUCUUAGGUCGUUUCGAAGAAUCUCAAUUUGAUUUCCUACAACACUCGAUCACGACCUACAGAUACAUCCCGCGUGACUUUCGCUCAGGAGAGAACAAGGAUUUUGCCUUCGUCCGUUUCGAACAUGAAGACGAAGCCAGGGAUGCGUCAGAGGCUGAUGUACUUCAAUUAAUUAUGAAAAAGUAGUAAGUUGCCCCUCUUGCUGUUGCUACACCAUCUUCACCUACUUGAUGGAAGAAUCUCAAACUAUGAUCUAUGAAAAGAUGAAGAACAAGAAGAUUGCAAUGCCUCAUUGCUGAAGAAGAAAAUGAUUUAAUGGUAGACCACACCAGACUAUUAAUACUUUUAGUCUAACUAUCACCAACAUCAUGCAACUACCCUUCGUACUCCUCAAUUACAAAGUACCAUCCACGUCCACGACCAAAUACCAGAUCUCUCUCGAUGGUCAGCGGGUGACUCUGUGUCUGGCGACACGAGGUAAGCGGAAUAUGGCGUAUAACCGCGAAGGGGGACGCGGGCGAUCGCGCGGUGGUCGACGGGACUCUCGUGGUCGUCGCGACUCUCGACGACGGGGAAAAGACUCCCGCGGUCGCCGCUAGGUGGAGGCUUGAUGCGACUCCUCACUUAGUAGGUAGUUAGAGUCAACGACUUAUUGUUAUUAUACUUAUACACAUAGUAGACGGUCGUUGUUGUUGUUGGAGGUGGAUUCAGGGAAGACUGAAGCUGAACCUGACGACACUUUGGUACUCAUCUUAGAUGAACUAGUAGAUGCUCCAUGUUGACGAGAAUAUCAUGUGGCUUACGAUUUCAAUUUCUGGCGAAGAAACAUAAUCAAACUCCUACAUCAACAACAUGCUCACAAUCACAUCAUUGUCAAUCAGAAGAGUUAGCAUCAGAUACAGAUGCGAAUUAAGGCAUCAAGGGGUGUUGUCGCCUUCGCGUCCACGUUGCUACCAAAGAAACAAGAAAUAUGAUGAUUUUUAGACUAAAUACUUACCUAUACCAGUUGCAGUUGUUACCAAAAGCAAACACCACGCUCUAUCACAAGAACACAUGUUAAUUUAUGAGUGCUGCAAGAAUCCGCAUAAGUAUCAGGAUGCGCAUACGAGCACGACCAAUAGGUACAAGAGCAGCACCAGCGCAGAGAAGACACCAGCAGUGAAAAUAGCUAGAAAAACUUAACAUGAUGUUGUAGAUUCAAAGGAACUGGUGUGCAAUCGAUUGUUGAAGAUGUCCUCCUCCAAUUCCUGUGAAUUCAAAUGAGUCGAUAAGGCUCAACAAGAAGAAUUUUCAUGUUCAUCGCAUCACCCUUUUAUAUACAUGUCCAUUGCACACUGUUAGAAGAACUCUUGCAUCCACCGAAUCCAAAUUUCGAAAAAAACGCUCCGAAAAUGCUCGUGUGAUUUCCACUUCGCGGCGUUAGAAAAUACAACUACGG